AUGGCCACUACCAGUAUGGGUGCUCCUAACUUCAAGAGAAAUGCAAAUGCCGAGGCCAAUCACGAAAAGCGUAAUGCCGCACCAUACUAUUACGAAUAUUACAAGCGUGAUGCCGCGCCAUACUAUUACGAAUAUUACAAACGCGACGCUAACAACGAAAAACGUGAUGCCGAACCAUACUACUACGAAUAUUACAAACGCGACGCUAACCACGAAAAACGUGAUGCAGAACCAUACUACUACGAAUAUUAUAAACGCGACGCUAACAACGAAAAACGUGAUGCCGAACCAUACUACGAAUAUUACAAACGCGACGCUAACAACGAAAAGC